UUUACGUCAUCUCCCCGCGCCGGCCGACCCCCCACAUGUAAACAUUUCACGUUUCUUGAGAAUAUUUACCUCAAAUGGCACCGACGGAUCAGAAAAUGAAAAGUAAUAAGUUUACAGCGAAAGAUGGCAACUGGAAGAAAUCAAAAAAUAAUGCACAGGGUGUCAAGAAAAAGAGGAAAUGGAUCCCGGAGCACAAAGUAUUCGAAGGCAGCGUUAAAGAGGGUCAGGGGUUUGCAUUCAAGAGGAAGGAGAAAGUCAGACAUGAGUACAACAAGCUGCUGCGAAAGGAGAAGAGGAAGAACCCUGAGUCUAAACCGCUAUACAAGGAGGAGUAUCCAGAACACCUCAGGCACCUUUACAUGGCUGAGGCAGAGAAACUGCAACAGGAGGCCUGGAUGAACAGAAUGAACAGGAGUAAACUGAGAAUGAAGGGGAAGGAGAAGGGAAAGGAGACAGCUGAAAAUGAUGCUGUUGCACAACAGAGUGAAGCUGCUGAUCCAGAUCCAGAAGUUACUGGUGGAUCUGAACUGACAGAUUCUGUGACUGGAAACCCUGACCCGACUGCAGCCUCAGAGAGAGAAAGUCUUCCAAUAAGCAACCGCAUGAGGAAGAAAAUGCUGAAGAAGACGUCAUACCAGAGGACAAAAGAGGAAUUUGAGAGUGUCAAAGAAAAACGGAAAAAAAAGAAAGAGGAGUACCUGAAGAACAAGCAGCAGAAAGAAGAAGCCAUUCAGAAAUACAAACAGAAAAAGAUGGAGACUUUCCAGAUGCUGAGCAAAAAGACCAAGAAAGGACAACCCAAUCUCAACCUCCAGAUGGAGUAUUUGCUUCAGAGGAUCCAAGGAACCGAGAAAUGACUCCAGGGUCAAAGCUGAUCCUGUGGAAUGAAUGAACAAAAGAACGGACCUUCCCUGUAUUUGACUAUGUUGUUAAACAGCCUGUCGAGGUGCAUUGGAAUCAUGCUUCCACUUGCGUCUUUUCAGUACUGAUUUAUAUGUAGAGUGACAAUGUGAGUCUAGUUUGCCUCUACACUAAACACAGAGUGAAAGCUUGUGGUUGUUUAAUUUGAUCUGUGCUUUUACUUUUAUAUUGUAAUUUUGCAGCUGCAGCCCAUCUUUAGUCUCAGACCACAAGAUGGCAUUGUAAGAUAUGAAGAGGUUGGAAACAUGCUCAUGUAAGAGAUCUAUUAAUCAAUAAAUGUUUGAGUUUCCUGUAAAUUAUUUUGAAAUGGGAAAUAAA